CAAUGGAAGAGAAGGCAAUUUAAAGCUUUUCUUUCUUCGCUUUAAAGCUUGAAUAUUAGAAACAUGAUCUCUGCUUGCACACUACUCUUCUGAGGACAAUUUCAUAUAUCUAUAUAAUGUGGAUCAAAAGGUGGACAAGACGAAACGGGAGCCAUUGAGGAAGAGUAUGAGGCAGCCCACAAUCAGAUAGCUGAUACUAUCUCAACUUAUGUCAGUGAAAUAGAGGACAUGGAAGAAGAAGAAGGGGAGAUGGUACAGAAGAAAGGAAACCAGUUUGUGGUGAAUGAUCAGCCAUUUUACGUGAAUGGGUUUAACACAUACUGGCUGAUGGUGUUUGCAGCAGAUGAAUCCACCAGAGGAAAAGUCAGUGAAGUGUUCAAACAAGCAGCCUCAGUGGGCAUGACUGUCUGUAGGACUUGGGCCUUCAAUGAUGGCCAAUGGAGAGCCCUUCAGAAAUCCCCAUCAGUUUAUGAUGAAGAAGUCUUCAAGGCCUUAGACUUUGUGGUCAGCGAAGCAAGGAAAUACAAAAUAAGGCUCAUCUUGUCAUUGACUAAUAACUGGGAGGCGUAUGGUGGCAAAGCACAAUAUGUGAAAUGGGGCAAAGCUGCUGGCCUUAACUUGACCUCUGAUGAUGACUUCUUCUCACAUCCAACUCUUAGAAGCUACUACAAGGCUCAUGUCAAGAUGGUGUUGAAUAGAGUUAAUACAUUCACAAACAUCACCUACAAGAAUGACCCCACAAUUUUUGCUUGGGAACUCAUGAAUGAGCCUCGAUGCACCUCAGAUCCUACAGGCGAUAAAUUACAGGAUUGGAUACAAGACAUGGCAGUGUAUGUGAAGAGCAUUGAUCCAAAGCACCUGGUGGAGAUUGGAUUAGAGGGAUUUUAUGGCCCUUCAACUCCGCAGAGAGUUCAGUUCAAUCCAAACACAUAUGCUCAGCAAGUUGGAACAGAUUUCAUCAGAAACCACCAAGUUCUUGGUGUUGACUUCGCUUCUGUUCACGUGUAUCCAGACUCUUGGAUUUCUCAAGCAAUUUCUGAUAAGCAUCUCCCAUUUGUGACAUCUUGGAUGGAAGCCCACAUAGAGGAUGCUGAAAAGUAUCUCGGAAUGCCUGUGGUUUUUGCUGAGUUUGGAGUGUCUGCAAAAGAUCCUGGCUACAAUUCAACAUACAGAGACACCCUUAUAAACACAGUGUAUAAGGCAAUCUUAAACUCCACAAAGAAGGGAGGAAGUGGAGCCGGAAGCCUGCUAUGGCAGGUGUUUCCCGAUGGAACAGAUUAUAUGGAUGAUGGGUAUGCAAUUGUGCUUUCAAAGUCUGCUUCCACCUCAAGCAUUAUAUCCCUUCAAUCCACAAGGUUGGCCCUGUUCAACUCCAGGUGUUCUUGGAAAUGCCACUGGGGCUGUAAGAAGAAAAAAGAACUGGAAAAAAUAAUUGAUCAUGAUGAGCUCUGAAACAAUAUCCGUCAAGCUUCCAAUUCAUAGACAUGUUUGUCUCAUGGUCAGCGUCACUUUGAAAAAUGAAACGGAUAAAAUAUCAGGAUAUACUGUAUCAUUCUGCAUGCAGCAAUGUGAAAAUUGUAUUGGCUUUGUAUGUUGGGACAUUCUGGUUGUGUUACGUUGCUCGUUUAUUUUCAUCUAGUUUUACAGUAAA